AUAGCAACAAAAAAAUAUUAAAAAUAUAAGAAGCGUUGAAAGAAAGUGGAGUGAAUUAAGAUAGGCAAUCUUCUCAAAUCUCGAUGUACUUGCUUAAUUUUAAAGUUAAUAAUUCAAACCCUAAGCGUAGCGUUAUGUGCAUGUAUACACAUACGUGUAUAAAUACCGAACACAUGAACUCACAUUUUCGUCAUCCUAUAAGUUAAAAUCUAAUCAACUGCAUAAACUAAAAAAAAAGAUGAAUCCUAUGUUUUAUUUCCUUCUUGCCAUAACCACUGUUUUGGCCGCGACCGCAAACGCUGGCGGACCAGUUCUCGACAUUAAUGGUGAUAUCAUAUUCGACGGCAGUUACUACGUCCUUCCUCGCAUCUUCGGCCCUGGAGGUGGCGGCUUGACUCUCGCCCCCCGUGGUGGCAACCAUUGUCCCCUCUAUAUUGGACAGGAAUAUUCAGAGGUCAACAUGGGCAUUCCCGUAAGAUUCUCAGACUGGAGGAUUAAAGUUGCGUUUGUUCCCGAAUCAGCAAACCUCAACAUCAAGAUGGACGUCGCAGCCACGAUAUGUGCCCAGUCAACCUAUUGGAAUGUCGCUGGGCCCGACAUUGUCAUGAAGGAGGUGUACUUACCGGCUGGCCCUAAACCAUCGAAUGGUUUAUUCCAAAUCAAGAAAAUUAAAGAUGCUCUUGCGGGUUACAAGAUUGUGUAUUGUCCUAACGGUAGCUAUUACAGCGAUAUCGGGAUAUUUGUGGACAAACAGGGCGUUCGACGUUUGGCUUUAAGCUCUACGUCAUUCGAGGUUGUGUUCGUGAAAGCUACCGAGACAAAGACUUCGUCCAAGCCUAUUAUGUCUAUUAUCUAAGAGAAAUUUAAGACUGCAAAUUAAAAGGAUAACAUCCUAAUAAUAAUAAAACUUUAUCUGUGUGUUUUUUUGUUUCUUUGUUCACCAAUCAUCAUAAAUGGAAUAAAACAUGUUUCCUUUGUUUC